GCCGCAGCCCACAAAGCCCGGAGCGUCGGAGCGUCGGAGCGCGGGAGGGGCUGGGCGAGCCCGGGACGGGAGAGGAUCCCCCGGACCAGGCUCGCGCCCGGCUCCCCGCCCAGGCCGCCUCCGGCCCCAUGAGGACCCCCCGGCCGGGGCCGAGAGCCUGCAGCAGCCCGGACGGAAGCCCUGCGGCGGCCUUGCAGCCCUAGGCAGGAUGCGGCUGGGCCGCCGGGCCCUCUACGCGCUGGUGCUGCUGCUCGCCUGCGCCUCGCUUGGGCUCCUGUACGUGAGCACCCGGGACGCGCCGGGCCUCCGGGCACCCCUGGCGCUGUGGGCGCCCCUGCAGGGCCCCCCCAGGCCGGAACUACCGGACCUCGCGCCUGAGCCCCGCUAUGCACACAUCCCCGUCAGGAUCAAGGAGCAAGUGGUGGGGCUGCUCUCUGGGAACAACUGCAGUUGUGAGUCCAGCGGAGGGAGCCUUCACCUCCCCUUCCAGAGGCAGGUCCGAGCCAUUGACCUCACCAAGGCCUUUGACCCCCAGGAGCUGCGGGCUGCCUCUGCCUCCAGGGAGCAGGAGUUCCAGGCCUUCCUUUCAAGGAUUCCUUCUCUGUACUCCGCUGCCAGGAGCCAGUCGGCCGCUGACCUGCUGCUCAUAGCCUCCGCCAACUCCCCUCUUCAGUACCCUCUGCAGGGUGUGGAGGUCCAGCCGCUCCGGAGCAUCUUGGUGCCAGGGCUGAGCCUGCAGGCAGCUUCUGGUCAGGAGCUUUACCAGGUGAACCUGACUGCCUCCUUGGGCACCUGGGAUGUGGCAGGGGAAGUGACUGGAGUGACUCUCAAUGGAGAAGGCCAGCCAGAUCUCACCCUCACCAGCCCAGGGCUGGACCAUCUCAACCGGCAGCUACAACUGGUCAUUUAUAGCAGCCAAAGCUACCAGGCAAACACAGCAGACACAGUCCGGUUCUCCACGGAGGGACAUGAGGCUGUCUUUACCAUCCGCAUAAGACACCCUCCCAACCCUCGGCUUUACCCACCAGGAUCUCUACCCCAGGGAGCCCAGUACAACAUCAGCGCCCUGGUCACCAUUGCCACUAAGACCUUCCUACGUUACAAUCGGCUACGGGCGCUCAUCGCCAGCAUCCGCCGCUUCUACCCAACGGUCACCGUGGUCAUCGCGGACGACAGCGACAAGCCAGAGAGCAUCAGAGGCCCCCACAUCGAGCACUAUCUCAUGCCUUUUGGCAAGGGCUGGUUCGCAGGCAGGAACCUGGCCGUAUCACAGGUGACCACCAAGUACGUCCUGUGGGUGGACGACGACUUCGUCUUCACUGCGCGGACGCGGCUCGAGAGGCUUGUGGACGUGCUGGAGCGGACGCCGCUGGACCUGGUGGGCGGCGCGGUGCGCGAGAUCUCGGGCUUCGCCACCACCUACCGGCAGCUGCUGAGCGUGGAGCCCGGCGCGCCAGGCCACGGGAACUGCCUCCGGCAAAGGCGUGGCUUCCACCACGAGCUCGUGGGCUUUCCAGGCUGCGUGGUCACCGACGGCGUGGUCAACUUCUUCCUGGCGCGCACCGACAAGGUGCGCGAGGUGGGCUUCGACCCGCGCCUCAGCCGCGUGGCGCAUCUGGAAUUCUUCCUGGAUGGGCUUGGUUCCCUUCGGGUGGGCUCCUGCUCAGACGUCGUUGUGGAUCAUGCAUCUAAGCUGAAGCUGCCUUGGACAUCAAGGGAUGUGGGGGCAGAGACUUAUGCCCGGUACCGUUACCCAGGAUCACUGGAUGAGAGUCAGGUGGCCAAACACCGCCUACUCUUCUUCAAACACCGGCUGCAGUGCAUGACCUCAGAAUGACGGCCACU